AGCUCACGUUCAUAUUUCCGCAUUCAGCUCGCCAGGGUGGUAACAUCAAACUUUCCCUGCUCAGCUGCAGUUGCAUCAUAUCUGAGAGUAUAAUGGCAUCAUUCCUUAUCAGAUUAAACAUCAGGAAAUGCGUCGCUUCUCAGAUUAGGAUGGCAUCUGAUCAGCUUGGUGAGCUGGGCAAGGGAGCAGGCAAGGGUGGAGGUGGAGGAGGCUCCAUCAGGGAGGCCGGGGGUGCUUUUGGAAAGCGGGAAGCGGCACAGGAGGAACGGUACUUCAGGCAGAAAGAGAAGGAGCAGAUGGCAGCGCUGCGGAAACAUCACUCAGAAGAGAUUGACCACCACAAAAAAGAGAUUGAGCGCUUAAAAAAGGAAAUUGAACGUCACGAGGGCAAGAUCAGAAAGCUGAAACAUGAUGACUAAAGCUGGGAAGCCUGUUACCACUCCUCCUCCCAGCCAUCUGAUUGCCAAGUCAAUAAUUAUCUGAUACAGAUUGAUUUGUUGCUGGUCAAGGCGGGUCCUGUAUAAGAUGUUAUAAUGUCAUCCUCAAUUCCAAUAAAGUGCUUAAUUUUUCA